CUGCAAUUCGCUGUCCAAGCAUAUCAUCCUAUGGGCUUUCGAGAUCUGGCACUGCCAAGCCUGAAUCAGCACUCGAAACCUCCGAACCGCCGCACCGCAAUCACAAUCCUCCGACAACCCAAAACAAUGUGAUCUCACUGUUGAAUCUUACACGUCACAACAUACUGUGCAACAUGCUAGCAUCGCGCCGUGAAGUCAUUCCUCGUGCGCCGGAGCCCGAAUCCCCAACAAGUGCCGAUGAACGAACCCUAUACGAGCCCUCCUCCGAUGAGAACGAUGAGUACGACGACGCACCCGAGGAUGAAACCGAGGAUGAAGAACACGACUUGCUAGAAUCAGAAGAUGAAAGAGAGAGAUUGCUGACAAGCACAAAGAGGAAGGGGAAGGGUAUUGCAAGUCUAUUGAAUAAGAACGACGCCAGUUCAAAGACUCGAGGGCAAGAGCAAAAACAGAGAAUAGGGAAGAUGAAAGGAAGGAAGAAAAGAGGAAGAAGGGGGUCGCAUGCUGGAGAGGAAAGUACACUUAUGUAUGAGAUGGAGGAAGGUAUCGGCCAGUCGACCGACAGUCUAACAUCGUCGAGUGAUGGGGAUGAGAAGCGGCCGGGCAAUACGAAGACACAGAGACAGACCCAGCAAAAACGAACAUGGCGCCGAGUGGUCAUAUACACGAGCAUAAUCGGGCUUUUUCUCAUUCUUCUAUUUGCAGCAUUCAGAGUCUCCGCGUCUAAGCAUUCAGAGUCUGCAGCAGCGUUGGUAUCUAACGGUACCUCGCUCUUCGCUCCCACUACGAUUUUGAUUUCUCUCGACGGUUUCCGUGCUGAUUUUCUCCAUCGUGGUCUUACACCGACUCUCAAUAAAUUCAUACAGGACGGUGUAUCGCCCAAGUACAUGCUGCCCAGCUUCCCUUCGGUUACGUUUCCGAAUCACUAUACUAUGGCGACCGGCUUGUAUCCCGAAGCACACGGAGUGGUUGGUAACACGUUUUGGGAUCCUGAAUCAGAGAAAGAGUUCUAUUAUACAGACCCACAGAAGAGUUUGCAGGCGUCGUGGUGGGGAGGCGAGCCUCUGUGGCAGACCGCUGAAAGACAAAACGUUAGGGUAGCGGUGCACAUGUGGCCUGGUUCUGAAGUUCACAGUGCCCCCGAACCGGCAUAUGUGGACAAAUACAACGGUUCAGAAGCACUUUCUAGGAAGGUUGACCGCAUUAUGGGCUUGUUAGAUACACCUGGCCCUGAAGAUAUUGGCGUCAACAUUGAUCAACCUCGUCCACAGCUUAUUGCUGCAUACGUACCUAAUGUCGACAGUGACGGGCACAAGUAUGGACCGAACAGCACGGAAAUCCGUCAAACGAUCAUGAAUGCCGACACGAUGCUGGGAGACAUCUUGAAAGGCUUGCAAGAUCGAAAUCUGACUGGGAUUGUCAAUGUUGUCGUAGUCUCGGAUCACGGCAUGGCCACCACCGACACAUCACGUCUGAUUCAAUUAGAAGACCUUGUUGAUCCAGCGGAGAUCGAGCACAUUGACGGUUGGCCACAUUACGGACUGCGGCCCAGGAAGCCUGCCGACCUCGGACGACUCCACAAGCAAAUCAUUGACAGAACACGAAACAUGACCAACGUCGAAGUCUAUCUUCGCGACAAGGACAUGCCUGAGCGCUAUCACUUUUCACAAAAUGAACGCAUUGCACCGCUUUGGAUCAUUCCAAAAGCCGGUUGGGCAAUUGUUGACAAAAGCUCGGGCGAUGUAGAGGAAAUGAAGAAGAACGGCGAUGUAUACCAUCCUCGAGGAAUCCACGGGUACGAUCAUGAACACCCUCUUAUGCGUGCCAUAUUUGUCGCACGCGGCCCGGCUUUCCCGCACAAACCUAACAGCCGUAUCGAACCCUUCCAAAACAUCCACCUCUAUAACAUCAUAUGUGACUCCAUCAGUAUCAGCCCAGCCCCCAACAACGGCACCCUGCGCCUCCCCUUGCGGCCCGUGGGUCUCCACAGCGAUCUCGAUGUCGCAGCUGACGAAACACCUUCCGACCCUCCGCAGUCCUCGAAACCACAGGCGUCCCCAGUCCCCAACCCAGCUACACCUUCACCAGCCCCAGCUGCCUCCUCGACACAAAGCGCACCGCCCGCGCAGUCCAGCGGAGCAAAAUUGAGCUGGUGGCAGGAACUGACGCACAAGGCGGAGCACAUCGGCGAGUGGGUGGAUGACUUUCUCAAGACGCACAUGCCUGGGGGGUCUGAAAAGGAGAAAAGCGGCUGA